AUGGCAGAUGAAGGCAAAAAUACUAAAAGUUCCUUGUUACCGCUAUCAGGUAAAGAGGACAUGUCAUCUUUACCAAGUGAACAGGAGGGAGCCGAUGAGAAGUCAGCAGAAGAGAAAGGCAAAACUAAUCUUCCAAAGGAAUCACCAACUCCAGAGAAACAGGAGGAAGAAUUGGAGAAAGUGGAAUCAGACGCCGAGAGCAUUGAUGCAGAAGAUGAUUCAGAAGAGCAAGAUAAUAUUUUGGAAGAACAAAAACAGCCUGAGAACGUAGAAAAGAAAAUCUCAGAAACUUUCUUCUAUAACUAUGAAGAUAUAUGUUCACGGCCAUUUGUCACUGAAGGCUGUGGGAUACCAAUUAACCUUCUUACUCUUAAACAUUCUUUUGGAUAUGACUGCACCAGAAGUGUAAACCUGAUGAUGAUGAUGGAUAGACAAACACUGCUGUAUAUAGCAGGCAACCAGGUGGUGCUCCUAGACCUGAAAACUAAGUCUCAGAGUUAUCUCCGGAGCAGCAGUGGUGGUGGAAUUGGGUUUAUCACGGCACACCCUACUAAGCAGUACUUUGCAGCAGGAGAAAAAGGAAAGAAGCCAAACCUCAUCAUCUAUGAUUAUCCUUCACUGAGACCCUACAGAAUACUGUGAGAUGGAACAGAAGAAGCCUAUGUUUUUGGUGAUUUCAACCAUGCUGGCACUUUGCUGGCCAGUGUUGGGAGCAGCCCUGACUACAUGCUGACUAUCUGGGACUGGAAACAACAAAAGAUUAUGUUGAGGUCAAAAGCUUUCUCACAGGAUGUUUACAAGGUCACAUUUUCUGCUGAUAAUGAAGAGCAACUAACUACCUGUGGAGUAGGACACAUCAGGUUCUGGAAGAUGGCUCUCACAUUCACUGGUCUCAAGUUACAAGGAGCUUUGGGCAGGUUUGGAAAAACAGCAGUGACUGACGUUAUAGGUUAUGUGGAGCUGCCUGAUGGAAGGUAAGUUAUCUCAGGGACUGAGUGGGGCAACUUUCUGCUUUGGGAAGAGGGCCUCAUUAAAGUAGAGCUCUGUCGAGCUGGACAAAAACCUUGUCACAGUGGCCCUGUCAGCCAGUUACUUCUGGAUGAAGGAGAACUUGUCACUGUUGGAAAAGAUGGCUACGUUCGGGUGUGGAACUUUGAGACAAUAGAUGCUGCUGAUUCUGUGGAUGACACAGGGUUACUGGAGGUGGAGCCUAUGAAUGAACUUCAUGUUGGCAGGAAAGUCAGUCUGAAUUUCAUGUCAAAACUUCAUGACUGCGGACAGCCCAUUUGGUAUGCUCAGGAUAGCAAUGGAGCAAUCUGGAAGCUUGAUUUGACUUUUUCAAAUUUGACUUGUGAUCCAGAGUGCCUGUGUAUCUUUCACUCUGGAAGGAUUGAGGCCAUGAGUGUCUCCCCUGUUACGUAUCUCAUGGCCACCACUGCUCUUGACCGGUCAGUGUGUAUCUAUGAUUUCAUCAGCAACAGUCAAGUGAGUGAAAUUAAGUUUAAACAAGGAGGAACAGCACUGACGUGGGCACCUUGUGUUGUAAACUCUAAAGGAGGUCUCAUUGCUGUGGGCUUUGAAGAUGGCGUUGUCCACAUAAUUGAAGUUUAUGAUCCUAAAGGACUGCCCAUUCUUGCAGGACAGGCCAAAAUGAACGCAGAGAUAAAUCUGAAACACGCUUUCAAACCUCAUUCUACUGCAGUUACAGCCUUGGCAUAUGAACGAAGUGGAGAUGUGCUUGCCACAGGGAGUAAAGACAAAACUGUGUUCUUCUUUGCUGUUGAAGAUAAAUAUGAGCCAAUUGGAUUUAUUUGUGUCCCUGGGCCUGUGCAGGCAUUACAGUGGUCUCCACCUUCUCAUGUGAAGAGUAUGCUGCUCAUCCUUUGUGAGAAUGGCUUUGCUGUCCAGGUUCCUGCCCCUCUUGCUGAGGAACAAGAUACAGCAUCCAACUAUCAAAUAAAAAACCGGCCGAUGCAGUACUUCCAUUUUUGUAGUAUUAAAUCCCAUAUCAAGUUGGAAGAGGAGAUUGCAGCGAGGGAGGAAAAAAAGCAGGAGAAGGAGAAAGCAAAGCUUGAACAGAUAAAGCAGCAACAGGAGAUGGGAAUGAAGACAGAAGAAGAAGAAGAAGGUGAAGAAGAGGAACCAUUGCCAUCUCUCUACAUACCAGAGGAGCCCAGUCCCAUUCUCUGUGGGUUUUAUUCAGCACCAGGCAAAUUUUGGCUUUCCUUGGGUGGAUAUGACUCAGGGUUCCUCUAUCAUUGUGAAUUCUCACAUGAUCACCAAGACCACCCUGAAAACAGGAAGGAUGAACCCUUUGAAGUGAUUCCUAUUGAGGGCACCGAUGACAAUCCCAUCCACCAAAUCUCCUUCAGUAGCAGCAGAUUACUGAUGUUCUGUGGGAUGCAGAAUGGCGCAUUGCGUGUUUAUCCUCUCCAAGAUGAAGAGCUCUCAGUGAACACCCUGCAGGAAUACUGGUCCUUCAAUGUACAUGACAAUGAUUAUGGCCAGAUCCAAGACAUCUGUUCUAGUUAUGAUGACAGGUUUCUGUUUACCUAUGGUGGAGAUGGAAACAUUUUUACUUUCAACAUCUUGUCUCCAGAGGAUGCUUACAAAGAGCUAAAAGCCAAAAUCCCCUCUCCUAAGAGUGGUCUUGAGAUGGAGAAGGCUACUGAAGACAUUGAGGAUCCCAAUGCCUACAGCAUUGAGGAAGUCAAGCAAAAGAAGGAGUAUGAACGGAUAAUGAAUGAAGCUGAAAGGAAAAAGAACAAGAAAAGAGAGGAGUUAAUUGCACUGAGGAAUGAGUUUCUUUUUCUUCUUCAAAAGAAUGAGGAGUUGCCCGAGCACAUGCAGCUGCACAGAGAGCAGUAUGAAUUGGACCAUAGGAUCUUUGAGGAGCUGGCUAGGCAGACAGCACAGAGAAUCCAGUUACUGCAAAAGGAGCUGGCUUGGGAACAUGAGAAAUACUUGAUUGGACUGCAGAAACUACGAAAUCAGUUUUGGGACUCACUGGAAUUCAACACUGUGGUUGUUCAUGCUAUUCAGAGCAAUCAUCAAAUUUCCACCUACAGACUUGUAGCAAUGUCUGAUAAAUACUACCAAGAUGCUGGAAUUUUUGAGGACGAGGCUGAAAAGCUGGAAACGUCAGAGGUCCGAAAGCCGAUGGCACAUUAUAUAGAAAGCAAACAUGAGAAAAUCAGAAGAAAUAUUGAGAAAUCUGACAAAAUGAAAGCUAAGAUCAUGAAGAGAAAGGCAGAAUGGGAUGAAUUAUACAAGAGCAAACCUAGUGAUGACUAUGAGAAUCUGAAGGAUGCUGAGGACAUCAGGGAAGCACAGGAAAAUAUGGGAUGUUAUAACCUGAAGACUGCCACUAACUACAAGGUCCCUGAACAGAAACGUAUGAACACAGAGAGGAAGGUGUUGCAGCUUAAAUCUCUGGAAGUGCUGAUCCAUAAGAGGAAGAUGAAUAUGAACAAAGAGAUCAUGUCUUUGCGGGAUUUCAAGGUUUCCAUUAUUGGUGAAAUCAAGUGUUUAGUGCAAGAAUUGAAAUCCGUACAAGCAGCCUUGGAUUUAUCAGAACGAUUGCCGCUUCCCCUGAUCCCUCAGUUACACCCAGAUGAGGUUCCUGAAAGAAAAUUUGAGUAUGACAGUAACAUCCUCCUGAAGUUCAAAGAGGAUCAGGAGGCCAAGGCAAAGCUCCAGAAACAAUUGGAAAAGUCUUCCUCAUCUCAAUCAUUUAGGCAUGGGUUUCUUUGAGCUCCUUCCAUUAAAGAGAUUGACUCCAUGGCACAGGUUGCAGGUGCACGCCUGAUGAAAACAGCGUCAUCUGUAGUCAUAGAACAGCAAAAGGUUUUUGAGAUUGAGAAGGCAGAGCCAACAGAAAUGGAACUGGAAAUUUUGAAGAGGGAGAAGAUAAAAAAUCUAUACUUGCAGGAGACCUUGAUCAAAAAGAUCAACACGCUAGUGAUCAACUUUGAUGCUGAACUUCACUUUCUACGGCACAAGAAACUUAAGAUGGAUGUGCAGAUGAAAAGUGCUGACCUGCGCUACAUCACAUGGUAUGAAGAGCUGCUUAUCCUUAAGAACCUUGAGAAACAUGAGAACCUUCUCCAGGAGCAUGUUAUCACCUUCAUCAGUGAGCAGGAGGCCAUGCAA